AUGACUGUCAACUCCGUUGGGAGACACAAGCCCUUGGGAGACAGGGUGCUUGUUGUAACCAAGACAGCAGAGCAGAAGACCACAGUUGGUAUUCAGUCGCCUUCUACCGCUCAGACUAAGCCACAAGGAAGUGAGCUCCUUGCUAUUGAGAAGGGUAAGACCGUCGGAAAGGCCCAAGUCGAUGUUAGUGUGAAGACUGGUGCUCAAAUCAUUUACUCCAAAUAUGCCGGAACUGAAGUGGACUUGAAUGGAGUAAUCCAUCAUUUAUUGAAUGACGAUGGCAUUGUUGGUAUUCUCGAGACCGAAGAUGUCAAGGAUUUUAAGCCCCUGAGCGAACGCGUGUUAAUUAACGUUGAGGAGGCCGAGAAGGAAACUGCUGGUGGGUUACUUCUAACAGAGGAUAGCAAGGAGAAGCCCUCCAUUGGAACGUUAUUCAUGAAUAUCAAUUUGGUGACUAACGGGGAACUCAUAAGAACAUGUGUAACUUCAGUUCAGGUUUCAACGGAGCUACAAAAAGCUGUUGGAGGAGAAGAAAGUGGGGAGAAGCAAUAA